AAUAGAGCACUACAAAAAUUGAAAAGCAGUAAGCGAUUUUUGUUUUUUAUUUUGCGACAAUUUAUUUUAUUUUUCUUAAACCAUGUGGGUUUGGUUUUGUCUCAUCCUUAAAUUAUGCGAACACAUCCACUUCCAUAUCCUUUUCCUGCUUCUUUCAACAACACACACUUCCACUCUGGCUAUCCCUCCACCACCGCAGGCCGCGGCGGCCGGAGCUGCUCCGCCCCAUGUCGCACCGAGGCCGAAACGGCCGCGUCCGCCGUCGGGGCGCACCAACCUCGCUUCCUGCGUGGUGGCCUCCAUCUUCCUAAUCUUCAUCGUCAUCGUCAUCCUCAUUGUGUACUACACCGUGUUCAAACCCCAGGACCCCAAGAUCGCCGUCAACGCCGUCCAGCUCCCCUCUUUCUCCGUCGUUAACGGCACCGUCAACUUCACGUUCUCCCAAUACGCCGCCGUCCGGAACCCCAACCGCGCCGCCUUCUCCCACUACGACAGCUCCCUCCAGCUCCUCUACUCCGGCAGCCAGGUCGGCUUCAUGUUCAUCCCGGCCGGCGAGAUCGACGCCGGCCGAACGCAGUACAUGGCCGCCACCUUCUCCGUCCAGUCCUUCCCCCUCUCCGCGCCCGCCAGGGUGGGGCCCACUCUGGCCAACGGCGACGGAGUGGGCUUCAACUAUGGGCUUAGGAUUGAGCCCACUAUGGAAAUCGAGUCGAAGUUGGAGAUGGCGGGCCGCGUGAAAGUCUUACACUUCUUCACCCAUCAUGUUUACGCGAAAGCCGGUUGCAGGGUCGCCAUUGCCGUAACCGAUGGAUCCGUGUUAGGUUUUCACUGUUAAUUCUUUUUUUCUUUUUCUUUUUGCAACUGUAGACUUCACCAGUAAAUUAACUAUAUAAUAAUCACUCUAAUUGUUAGUAGUAACCAUGGCUUGAGGGUUAAAAUUGUAAAGACCUUUUUUUUUCAAUUUUGCUUCCUCGAAUUGCGGAAGUUUUGAUGGAAGUGUGAAUGGGUGUUUGCUUUAUUGGGAUAAGUUAAAGCAUAAGUAAAGAUGCAAAAAGUGAAGGAGAAUGAUUAGUUUGAAAGGAAUUUGGAGAGAGAGAAGCUGUUUUCCUUUGGGUUUUGUGAUGGUAAUUAAUUGUUAGUUAAGCAAAGUUGGAUUCCAUUGUUGAUAGUGAUACUAAUUUGACUAUUGGUGCGAAAAUUGGAAUGGUUUUGGUGAGAAAAAAAAGGGCAUUCCUAUAUUUGUCUUGUUUGAUAGCAAGUAAUUCUAUAUUUCCCUUUAUUUCGAUGGAAA